UCUUUGAUGAGACCACCGUGUCCUAAGAAGAGCUUUAGAAAGUGAAGCUCUCUGCUGAUCUGAAGUUCUGGAGAAGGUCAGAGGUCUUGGGUUAAGCAUGUUGUCAGUGGAGGUAUCUGUGGCUUUCAUGCUGUGCAGUGUGCUGAUGAAAGCCAGGGCUCUGAUUGAUUCUGAUGAUGUCAUCACCAGAGAUGAACAGAUCUUUCUUCUGAUUGGUGCACGGGCAAGGUGUGAGAAAAGCAUCCAUGCUCAGCAAGAUCAGCUAAUCGGAGAGGAUUGCUGUGUUCCUGAGUGGGAUGGGAUCAUUUGCUGGCCCAAAGGAAAACCCAGUCAGCUUGUUACAGUUCUGUGUCCCGAGUACAUCUACGACUUUAACCACAGAGGACAUGCGUAUCGCCAUUGUGAUGCCUCUGGCAAAUGGGAACAGGUGCCCACUCUAAACCGGACUUGGGCCAACUAUACAGAAUGUACUACUUACCUACACACCAACCAUAGCGAUCAGGAGGUGGUCUUUGAGCGUCUUUACCUGAUGUACACUAUUGGAUACUCUAUAUCACUGACAGCGUUACUGGUGGCUGUCUUUAUUCUCUCCUAUUUCACGCGUCUUCACUGCACCCGUAACUACAUCCACAUCCACCUCUUCACCUCAUUCAUAUGCCGAGCAGUUAGUAUAUUUGUGAAAGAUGCUGUUUUGUAUACCAUAACAGACGAGGCCAAACUGGAAGAUGGGGCAGUAGGACGGCCCUACAUGGUGGGCUGCAAGGUUGCGGUGACGUUUUUCCUGUAUCUCUUGGCUACCAAUCAUUAUUGGAUCCUGGUGGAGGGCCUGUACCUGCACAGCUUAAUCUUCAUGGCUUUCCUGUCUGAUAAGAACUGUCUGUGGGCUUUGACAAUCAUCGGCUGGGGGAUACCUGCUGUGUUCGUAUCCAUAUGGGUCAGUGCUCGGGCGUCUUUGGCAGACACACAGUGCUGGGAUAUUAGUGCGGGCAACCUGAAGUGGAUUUAUCAAGUACCAAUCCUGGCAGCUAUCAUAGUAAACUUCUUCCUCUUCCUCAAUAUCAUCAGGGUUUUGGCAUCUAAAUUGUGGGAAACAAACACAGGAAAACUGGACCCUCGUCAGCAAUACAGGAAGCUGCUGAAGUCAACCCUGGUGCUGAUGCCACUGUUCGGAGUUCAUUAUAUGUUGUUUAUGGCCCUUCCAUACACUGACGUCACAGGUCUUCUGUGGAAGAUUCAGAUGCAUUACGAAAUGUUGUUCAACUCUUCACAGGGUUUCUUCGUAGCCUUUAUUUACUGCUUCUGCAAUGGAGAGGUGCAGGCUGAAGUUAAGAAGGCGUGGCUGAGGCGCAGUCUCACAUCAGAUCUAAAGCAGAAGGCUCGUGUCACCAGCAGCGCGGGGGGUGGGAGCGGCUACUAUGGGGGCAUGAUGUCACACACCACAACACAAAGUGUUUGCCUUAGUGUCAGCGGUACUAAAAGUCUGCCCCUGGGGACCAUGGGGUGUAGAGGACAAUCCCAUCUGCACACUUCACCAAACUUACCCGGCUUUGUGCUCAGUAACACAGAGACUCUGUUUUUACCAGUGCAGCAGAAUGAGCUGCUCCUGAGGCAGGAUGAUAGAAAUGCGAUGUGCGGUCAGACAUGCAGGAAAGUAAGGGAAACUGACCAUGAUCUUGAGCCAUCUUUUGUAGCAGAUGAGGAAUAUUCUGGGUCUUUAUCUUGGAAAGAGGUGGAAACAAUGCUUUGACUCUUGGACUUCUGUGUAAAUAAGAAAACUGCCAGCUCGGAAAGCAGGGAAGCUCACAUCAAUGUCUGUCCAAUUUCUUUAAAUACCUUACUGUAGAUAGGCUACAGACAUUAAAAAUAAAAAGCAUGGAAAUAAUUUCCCAGCUCAUUAAGAACUUUGUGUUUUCCAUAGCUUUGAUGUCAUCAGAUUUCUCUGGAUUUGAGGACAUUACAUCUUCCACUAUGGACUAGCCCUUGUGGCAAAUCUGAACCUGCAUGGUCCCUUAAUGAGACAUACAGUAUAGGCCACUGCAAAUAUUUAUCCUUUUGCUGUACCACACAUUCCUGAUAAACAUUUGAAUGGAAUAGUUCAACGAAAAAUGAAAAUAACCUACA